CAUUACAGGGUUACCCAUCCUCAUUUUGGGUAUCGCACUCCUCCUCCAGGUGGUUAUCGCAUUGUCAGGGAUGCGGGCUGUCAAAAUCCUGACGUGGAGCUCCUCCCCUCUUGACUUGACCGCAGCACUGGUACACCACACACAAUUGACUCCGAUUGCUUUCCGGUGCAUGCGUUGUGUGUCUGACCUGGACGCUAAUGGAGGUCCAGCGAAGCCGUCAGAGACACAGCCUGCUGCGUGGCAUGCUCACCCCAGCAUCCGAAAAGUUGUAAUUUUCCUUUGGGGGAUCGUUGUAGCAUGUGCUGGAUGGGCCGCACUCGUCAUGUAUAUCUGGCACCGCAAGUACGCCGGCACGGGUGCAAUGUCUUCUUCUGCGCUGACCACACAAACGUGGUCGUUCUUGCCGUCCAACACACUGCCCACCGGCAAUUUCAUCGUGUAUAACAUGCCAGGUGUCAAUAUUCAGCAGUGGAUUAUGCUCUUUGUCAACAUGGCAGUUAUCCAGGGAUCGUUGACACUCGGGCUGCAUUGCUCGGAGCUCGUCGCGAAUGUUAUUCGAGAUGAAAGUCAGUGGAGAUGCGCUACCGGAAGAAAGGGACUUAGAAUGACGACAAACCCGCUGAAGUCGAUUUUCGGUCAUCCAAUCUGUCUCGUACUUUUCGUCGCGAAGCCUUUCCUCCACUGGAUGUUUGGGCUUUCGUUCCUCAUAUUUCACGGCGCCACUGACGGGACACUAGAGAAUAUGUCGGUACUCAUGCACACUGCCCAGAUCUGGAACUUAUCUAUAGCGCUGGCUAUAUUUGCAUGUUUCUUCACUCUUGUUGCACUGCGCCGACCACGGGGCCACCAGCCAGCUGCAUAUGGCCACCUCCAGACGCUCGCGAACCUUGUGGAUGAGUGGUCGCCUGUAAUGUGGUGGGGACACAAGGAGGACUGGAUCCCAUACUGUCAUGCUGGGACGAGCGAUCACCAGCUGCCGGAUGUGAAGGUGGACUGCGUCUAUGCUGGUACGCAUGCGUCAGAGAGCAUGCUUUAACCUCCAACCAUGAGCCUGAGCUCAUCAUGAAUCCCGUACCACCUUUGUCGCUUGCUGCUCUAGAAGUUGUCGAAAAUCUACCAACCGACUUUACGUUUCGACGAAACAACUUCACCAGCAAAUUCUCGUACAACUCGAUUUUCUCUCACACAGAACACAACAUUAUUCCAUCUCAAAUGUCUUGUAUUCUGGCCUGUCGCAAGAUAGACUUCCGAGUG